GGGCCCGGCCGCAGGCGGAAGGCGAAGGGAAAAUGGCGGCGGGGGAGGAGGAGGAGGGGGCUGCCGCGGCCGCGACCGCCGGCGAGGGGAAAGAAGCCGGCAACGGUGGCGGUUACGACGGCAAGUGCGCGUUCUGCAGGAUCGCCCGCCGGGAGGAGCCGGGCACGGCGCUGCUCCCCUGCCAGUACGAAGACCUGGUUUGCUUCAGAGACAUCAGACCCGGUGCCCCCCACCACUUUCUGGUGGUGCCGGUGGAGCACAUGGGAAACUGCAAAACGCUGAAGGCAGAACACAUACCUGUAGUGAAGAGAAUGAUGGAAGUUGGAAAAGCUGUCCUCCAGAGAAAUAAUUUUAAUGACUUGAAUGAUGUAAGGAUGGGUUUUCACUGGCCUCCAUUCUGCUCAAUAUCCCACUUGCAUCUUCAUGUCCUGGCCCCAGCCAGUCAGUUAGGAUUCUUAUCCAGACUCGUGUACAGGAUCAAUUCCUACUGGUUUAUCACGGCUGAACAACUGAUUGAGCGACUGCAAACUGAAAACGCUGCCAGCUGAAAGCACUCUUAGCCUUGUGUUGCUAGCCAGUUCGUUCUUUGUCUGUGAACUCUGAUUUAAGGUUGCACAGUUUGAUGUUGCCGAUAAUAUACAAGGAUAAAAAAAAAGAGCUUUAGUUCCUUAUGAGGAAAUACACACAGAAUUUGUAGCUGCCAACCUCAUUCUUCCAUUGAGAUACUUGAGUCUGUAUACUUCUCUGACAAUAAGGCAAUGUAUUUUAAUUACAAUUUUGUAUGUGUGUGUAUAUAUAUAUUCAUAACACAUACACACUCAUAUGCACACAUGCAGAGAACUUUUCCUAGUAAAAGGCAGAGUAUAGCAGCAGAAUGUAUUGCAACUAAGGCAACAAGUUACUGCUAACAGCAUGUACACGGUACCAAAGGGAAUAUUUGUUGCAGAAUCAAGCUUUUAUUUUAAGGAUGCAUUGUUCUGGGAUUGCAAGUAACAUUUAAAACAUUCAAGUUUCCAUCUGUAUUUGUAUGAUACGUUACUCCUGCCUAGUUAUUAGUAGGUACGUUGCUGAAAGUACACUACUAACUUUCUGGUGCUGAACCACUUUAAUGUAUUACCUGGCUUAUUUGCAUGACAGCAACAUAGUAAAUGUUAAUACAAUAGGUGCCCAAGAUGUGAUAAUGCUAUAUAACAUAGAAUAUAGUUUUAAUGUAUGUGUAAGUGGUUGUAUCUUGGGCUUAAAGAUUUUCCCUGUCAUGUGCACAAUACUUUAAAUUAGUUAUUGUAUGUUUACAAAAAAUGUGAAGAGUUCAGAGGAAUUGAUUUAAUAUGCGGCUCUUCUGCAUGAUGGUAGAAAAAGAAAAAAUCCAACUUUUUAGAUGGGUCUGAUAUUGUUCUCACUGGAAGUCCCUUGGAGAUUACUAAUGCCUUGGCUAAAUUUGAUUUCUAAAUGAAGUCAUAAGAGAAACGGGUCUUUAGCGCAGUGAGCAUGUGGCAGGCUUGCCUAAUGGCAAUGUGAUUUGAAUUUGGGAUAGCAGGGACUCAGCCCAAAAUUGGAACAUGUGUGUUGCUGAAGGAACCUGCUGAACAUUUGCCUUUGCCCUGUGACUCUAAUCAGUAAUGCUGGUGCUCUGUUUUUCAAUACCAUAUUAAGGCAGACUGGGAAGUUAAAACUCCAGAAAACAGGGAGUGGGUUUUCUUCCUUCACAGCGUGUAUCUCUUGGUGCCUAAUUCAUCAAGUGUCCUUGGCCGAUGCAUUUAGAUGCAGCUGAGGUGAUGAUGGUCUGUUGCACCUGCAGGCUUCCCAGAACAUUAUUUGCUCCCUGUUCUCCACUGAUCCAGCACCUCUUGCCUUAGGGGUACAAUGUAUUGUGAUAUUCUUCCAGUAAACUAUAGGUAGUAUUUCAGAAAGUUCACACCCUUCUGAAGAACAACGUUUUCUACCCAGAAGAGUUUACACCUCUCUUUUCUGUAAGACCUUGUUCCUGAUACCGUCUUGUUAUUCUUAGUGGGCACUCACAUGUCAUUUGCAGCCCUUUAGGGUCUUAAUUUAUAACAUUAGAUAGGAAGAGUGUGAAUUAAAGCCACUGACUACUUCUGUGCAAUAGAUUAGGAAGUUUGAGCUGGUGCCUAGCUUUAUGAAAUAUCUGUACAUCAAGAUCUUUCAAGAGUUAAUACUGUGUAUGUGUUCUGAUUUAUAAUUAAUUUACGUAACUGUAUUUAACUCUGACAUGUAAUAUUAAAGUAUCAACGUGAACUGUUGUCAAAAAGGAUUAGUAAACAGAAUAAAUGCUAAUCUUGGAAUGA